AUGGAGGUUUACGUUACAGUCAGUAGCAACAACUGUCAGCGUCAGUGUUCUAGCUCGUACGAACCCGUGUGUGCCACUGACGGCGUCUCCUACGACAACAAAUGCCACCUUUCCAUCAAGAGCUGUGAAAACCCGAGCGUCCAGCUGAGAUAUGAGGGGCCCUGCGCCGUGCCUGCAAACCCCCCGAGCCCCACGUCCCAACCGACGUCCACCGGCGGGUCUCUCCAACCUGCAUCCGGUUCAGUCAACAAGGUCCCUCAGGUCGGCCAGUCGGUGCUCUCCCUCGUCACCGGCGCAGCUCGCCCUCAGAACUCCGCUCCUGCUCCGGCUCCAAUCACCUCCCCCACCGCCAGACCCGCGUCAGUUGGGAACGCUGGCGGCAGCACCCCACGCUGUCGGGACGAGUGUCAGCUUGGCUUCCGACCCGUGUGUGGCACCGACGGGAAGGUGUACGCGAACGAGUGCAAGCUGAGGGUUGCCUCCUGCCACGACCCCACGAUUCAGAAGAAGAACGACGGGGUGUGCGCAGAGAAAGACUGCAGCAUCGCCUGUCCUGACGAUGUCGAGCCUGUGUGUGGGAGCAACGGCGUCACGUACAGGAACUCCUGCUUCUACAGCAUCGCCCGCUGCCUUGACCCUGAUGUUACGAAGGUCGCCAACGCCCCUUGUGCCAAUCGGCGGGACACCAAAUGCGACUUAGCUUGCGACAAGUCCAUCAAUCCGGUCUGUGGCAGCGACGGCCGGACGUACCGUAAUCAGUGCGAACUUGAAGCCAACGCUUGCACGAAGACAAGUCUGAUAAAGCUCUAUAAUGGACAGUGCCAGGAGCAGCAAGGGGCACGUUGUGAUACAGUUUGCCCAAAUGUAGUGGAGGAAGUAUGCGGAGAUGAUGGGAAAACUUACAGAAGUCACUGUGAUCUUAUUGUGUUGUCUUGCCGUGCAAACGUACGUGUUAACAAGGCUUACGAUGGACGCUGUUAGAAUGAAGAAGAAAAUAGGAAAAGGGAAAAGAGGAGUAAGAGAGAGCAAGGAAGAGGAUAAGAAGAAAGAAAAGGAGGGCAAAAUAUUGUGAAAUUGGACAUUUGGGUUUAGUGAUAUAUCUGGGGGAUAUGAGUAAUGUUUAUUUUCCUUUUAUGAAUGAUAUAUAUAUACAAUUUGGUUGACUGAGCUUGAGCAUGAGCAUUUUACAUGUGCAAACAUAUAUGCAAGUAAUUUUCUAAUGACUGAAAGACAAAUGUAUUCUGCAUUCUUGUGAAAAUGACAUCAUAUGAAAUGCAUUUUGGAAUCAAAUCUAAUACAUAUGUUUGUGUAUCUUACAUAUAAAAUAUAGCUUAAAAAGAGAAACAAUUUUGGGUGUUUUUACUCAGCGCUCAUUGGCUGGGAGAAUGUAAACAAUAAAUUAUAGAAAAUGAGCAAA